CGGCGCGGGGCCGCCGCCGCCACACCGGAGCCCGGCACCGCGCCGAGCAGCCGCCACCCGCCGGCCACCCCCAAAACCCCCCCUAAAACCCCCCUUUACCCUUCCACCACCACCCGCCCGGAGCUUCCCCCGGUUACCGGGAGCAGCCGCAGCCCGGUUACCGGAGCCGCCCCGCUGGCUCCCGGUCAGUUUCGGGCCCUGGAGGGGGGGGACGGCAGCGGGAUGCUGCUUUCUAAAAUUAAUUCCUUGGCCCAUCUCCGCUCCGGGCCCGGCGGGGAGUUGCACGCCACGAAGGUGCCGCCAGGGAAGGAGAAGGAGCCGCUGGAGAAGCUCUACCAGGUGGGCCCGCUGCUGGGCAGCGGCGGUUUCGGCUCGGUGUACUCCGGUAUCCGCCUCUCCGACAGCGCCCCGGUGGCCAUCAAACACGUGGCCCGGGACCGCAUCUCCGAGUGGGGCGAGCUGCCCGGCGGCACCCGCGUGCCGAUGGAGAUCCUGCUGCUGAAGAAGGUGGGCUCGGGCUUCCGCGGGGUCAUCCGCCUCCUCGACUGGUUCGAGCGUCCCGAUAGCUUCGUGCUGGUGCUGGAGCGGCCGGACCCGGUGCAGGACCUUUGAUUUAUCACGGAGCGAGGAGCCCUGCCCGAAGAGCUGGCGCGGGGGCUUUUCCACCAGGUGCUGGAGGCCGUGCGGCACUGCCACAGCUGCGGCGUCCUGCACCGCGACAUCAAGGACGAGAACAUCCUCAUCGACCUCUCCACCGGCGAGCUCAAGCUCAUCGACUUCGGCUCCGGCGCCCUCCUCAAGGACACCGUCUACACCGAUUUCGACGGUACCCGGGUGUACAGCCCGCCGGAGUGGAUCCGCUACCACCGCUACCACGGGCGCUCGGCGGCCGUGUGGUCCCUGGGGGUGCUGCUCUACGACAUGGUGUGCGGGGACAUCCCCUUCGAGCAGGACGAGGAGAUCCUACAGGGCCAGGUGUACUUCAGGCAGAGGGUCUCUCCAGAGUGCCAGCACCUCAUCAGGUGGUGCUUGUCCCUGCGCCCCUCGGACAGGCCGUCCUUCGAAGACAUCUUCAACCACUCCUGGAUGCAAAGCGUCCACCUCCCGCAGAAGGCCACGGAGAUCCACCUGCACAGUUUGCUCCAGGAGACGGGCAAAUAACAGCUCCCUGCCUCUCCUGGCCCUGAGAAGCGAAGGACAGCGGAUUUUCCUCCUCGUGACCGUAACCCCGGGUGGGGACCGUCGCGGGAGCCACGCACAGCUCGCUCCAGAGCCCGGAGACUCGGUCCCUCGGUGGCCGCGACCCAACCCAGCUGUCCCGGACUUGAACCGAAUGGUCCUGUCUCACUUGAUGUUUUGCCAGUAAAUUUUAUUUUUAUUUUUUGGAUUUUUUUUUUUUUUUUUGUCUUUGGGGGCUCCCACGAGUCUUCCUGGCCUGCUGAAUUUGGGACUGCGAGAGGAUCGGAGCCCUGACUGCGAGAGCAGCUCCAACCGGGGGACCUGGGGGGAGGGCAGGGCAGCGCCGCGGCCGACCGGCUCUCUUCUUCGCCGUCACCGUCUUCGAGUGCCUUCAGUUGCAAUCCUGGCUGUGCUGGAGGAAAUACUUGAAUUUUCCUACACUGCUGCUUUUCCGAGACUCGCCUGGGUGUAGAGCUACUUCUUCUCCCCGUGCAAAAGGAAACCGGGCGGAUGGAGCUGGGGAGCUGUCUCGCCUCCCGCACCUCCGAAGCGCGCCGCCGUCUCCUGGGGACUUUUCUUCCUUGGGCUCUUUGCUUCCCGUGCCCUCACGAAUGCACAAACAAUGCAACCCAACAGAGCUGUAAAUGUGUGUACAGAGUUAUACAGGAGCAAAGCUUGAUGUACAGUUGUUAAUAGUGGUAACAUUUUACCUUUUUUGGUUUUGGUUUUUUUUUUUUUUCCUUCCAGUUUUUGUUUUUUAUUUAUUUUCCUGGAUUUGUUUUGUUUGUGUUUUUGUUUUUUUUUUUUUAAAAAAGGAAGAGUCCUAGCCACUAGGAUAACUUAUUUAUUUAUUUAUAACUCCCGUGGGUCCCCAACCCAUGCCUUGCUUCUACAGCUGCUGAUCCCUGGGUUCCCAUUGGGGUCUCCCCCCUUGCGUCCGUCCCGGUGCCUGUUUCACCUCGUGCUUCCGUCGGAUGUCUGGCCGUGGCGUGGAGCAGCCGCCUGCGUGCGGCCCUGCUCCCAUCUGUGCCCUGCCACGUGCCCGUUGGGGUUUGCAGAGGAUUUUCGGCCUUCCCCACGGGUACCUGGGGGGGACCCCGGUGCGUGCCGAAGCGGGGUCGUCCGCGCUGUCGAGUCUGUCCGUGUAACCAGUGUGUAGCCGGCGGGUUUUUGUUAAUAGCUAAUAUUGUACAGGGGAAUUCAGAAAUCCUAUUUUUUUUAUACAUGCGGUUUUAAAUAAAAACUUCAAUCACUUAAA